AUCUGGAGCGAGAUAAAGCAAUUAUGGGACGUCGGUCUGGAGGAGUACGUGCGCGAUAUGUGGAACGUCAUUGAUUUCAUCACGAAUUCGCUCUACGUCGCAACCGUCGCGCUGCGUAUCGUCUCGUACUAUCAAGUGCACUACGAGAACGCCGAGGUGCAAGUACAUAUACUGCUUGAGCCUGGCAAUGAAGAACGUAAAGAUUGGGAUGCGUGGGACCCAAUGUUGAUAUCAGAAGGCUUAUUUUCAGCAGCAAACAUAUUUAGCUCGUUGAAAUUAGUGUAUAUCUUCUCUGUGAACCCUCAUCUAGGCCCUCUGCAAGUAUCACUAUCACGAAUGGUGAUGGAUAUCAUGAAAUUCUUCUUUUUAUAUGUUUUAGUAUUAUUUGCGUUUUCCUGUGGUUUAAAUCAAUUGUUAUGGUACUACGCCGAAGCAGAAAGAUAUAAAUGUCCCACAGAACAUCCGUAUGCAAAUGAAACUCUUGCUGGGUCUGAUCACAAUGCGUGUAUAAUAUGGCGACGCUUCGCAAACUUGUUUGAAACAUCGCAGACACUCUUCUGGGCCGUGUUCGGUCUCAUCGAUUUGGAGA